AUGAAUCGAGCUGGAGUCUUUCCACCCCCCUGCGAAGGUUUGGCCAUUACCGAAGCGGCGAUCCACGCCUGUGACAAUGUGGACGGUGUUAUUGAUGGUUGUCAUCUCAGCUCCGGGACGCUUACAGAAUACUUCAAUCGGAUGCUCAAAGAGGACCCUGAUGUUCGAAACUACUGGCGUUAUUUCGAGAUUCCCGGAACUGGCCACGGCAUACAAGGCGGAGGCCCUUACCCCAUCGAUUCGAUCAACAAACUGAUGAAAUGGGUGGAAGAAGGGAUCCCGCUAGACACUUUGAUGGGAGAAAUUGCCCGAUCCGCACACGAAGGAAGUCAAGGACAGUAG